AUGACAAUUAGAGAAGCAUUGGGUUGGGUUAAAGGAAGAGGAGAUAACAAGAUUUAUGUGGAGAUCGACUGUUUACAAGUUGUUCAAGUUAUUCAGUUAGAAGGAAUGGGAAAUAAACUUAGUCGGCUUAGAAGUCUGCACAUCAAAGAUGAAACUAAGCUCCGUAAAGAAGGUAUAAUCAGUCGGAAUAACAACACCACCGUUUACAAUGGAAAAUAUAUGGACGAAGCUGUUGCCAUAAAAGUAAUACAGAAAGAAAGAGGGACAAAUGUGUGUAGUCAUCGAAGAAGGAAAUUUGUGAGGGAGGUCAGGGCUCUUUCUGCGGCCAAGCAUGACAACAUUGUGAAGUUUAUUGGGUUCAGCCUGGAACCAGCAAUGACAUUAGUUACAGAAAUCAUGAAAGGAGGUUCACUUCAAAAACACUUAUGGAACAUCAGACCAUCCACCCUAGACCGCAAGGAAGCUUUAGUUAUGGCAUUAGAAAUCUCUCGCGCAAUGGCAUAUUUGCAUGAAAAUGGCAUCAUUCAUCGCGACUUGAACCCCAAUAAUAUUUUUCUAUCAGAAAGCAAGAAGAGUGUGAAGCUUGGGGACUUUGGGCUGUGUAGGGAGGGUCUGGAAGGUGAUUUUUCUGCUGAUGUUGGAAGUUUUCGCUGGAUGGCUCCUGAGGUGUAUAGUAGGGAGCAGCAUGGAAUCACAAGAUUAACGACGAGAUACAAUCAUAAGGUGGAUGUAUAUAGUUUCGCUAUUGUUUUGUGGGAGCUGCUCACAAACAAGACUCCUUUCCAGGGCAAGGAUAAUAAUGCGAUUGCACAAGCUGUAAUUAAUAAUGAGAGGCCUAGCUUGGAUGAGGAGCAUAUUCCAGAUGACAUUCAUCACUUACUGGAAUCCUGCUGGUCAAAUGAUCCACUACAACGACCAGAGUUUUCGCAUAUCUCAGAAUUACUAGAAGAAUUGCUGAACAGAAUUGAUCCUGGUUGGGACAGAAUAGAAUCCAGUUUCAUAGCUAGCCGACCCGAAACUUUGUGGGGUAAGGCUAAGAAGAGUGUGAAGCUUGGGGACUUUGGGCUGUGUAGGGAGGGUCUGCAAGGAAACUCUCGCUGGAUUGCUCCUGAGGUGUAUAGUAGGGAGCAGCAUGAAAUCACAAGUAUAACGACGAGAUACAAUCAUAAGGUGGAUGCAUAUAGUUUCGCUAUUGUUUUGUGGGAGCUGCUCACAAGCAAGACUCCUUUCCAGGGCAAGGAUUUUAAAACCAUUGCACAAGCUGUAAUUAAGAAUCAGAGGCCUCGCCUGAAUGAGGAUGAACUUCCGGAAUACAUUGUUUUCUUAAUGGAACCCAGUUUUGACACAGUGGAAUCCAGUUUUAACGUAGUGGAUCAGACUGCGCUAGUUAGCGCAACAGUACCGACCAUAACUUUGUUCGGUACGACUAUCACGGUCCCCACAUGCCUUGAUAAUUGUUAUGAUUCUAUCCUUCUUUGUUGCGAUUAUAUCCACCCAAGCCUGUGCUGCUGUUGUCCUAGUUGUGAGACUAUCCAAACAAGUCUCUGCGGCUGUUGUCCUAGUUGUGAGACUAUCCAAACAAGACUCUGCUGCUGUUGUCCUAGUUGUGAGACUAUCCAAACAAGACUCUGUUGCUGUUGUCCUAGCUGUGAUUCUAUCUGCAAAAUACUGUGCUGCUUUUGUCAUAAUUGGUAUGCUAUCCAAGCAACACUCUGCGCCUGUUGUCCUAGUCGUGGUUCUAUCCAAACAACACUGGCCUCCUGUUGUCCUACUUGUGAGUCUAUCCAAACAAGACUCCACACCUGUUAUGAGUCGAUCGAAAACAUCUGCUGCUGUUGUCCUACUUGGGAUUGUGUCUUCACAUUACUCACCUGCUGGUGGCCUACUAGGGAUUGUAUCUUAGAAUGGAUGGGCUCCUGUUUUGCUGGGUGUGAUUCUAUCUUCACAAAACUGGGCUCCUGUCUGGGAUUGUCUGGGACAGAAGGGGACCGAACUGCUGAACCAAAUCGAGCCCGGUUGAGACAGGACUAGAACCCAGGAUCCUACCUAGCCGGCCCGAAACUUUGUGGGUUAAGACUAAGAAGAUCAGCACAAGACUGUGCUCCUGUUGUCCUAGUUGUCAUUCGAUCCGGACAAGACUGUGCUGGUGUUGUCCUAGUUUUCAUUCGGCCCGAAACUCCUGUUUUUGUCGUCUUCCUUUCUGCAGAAAUCGACCUCCAAGCUUGCUGCUGUUUUUUCCUAUUAGUCUUUAAAUUCUGCUGCAGUGCAGUGCUGCAUAUAAGAUACAUACAUACAUACAGGGUGGUUGUGCUUCUUGAUUGGCAUAUACUUGUACACUACACUUCAUUCUUGGUUCUUGGCAGAUUACAUUUACUGCACAAUAAAACAAUAUAAUCUGUUAGACUGUC